CAAAUACAUUCUCCGUUGCAGCAGGUUCACCCCAGGCUACGCUUAACUAAGAUUAUUUUCCUUAAAUUUCACAAGUUUUUGAAAAAAGGCGUUUCCCCUUUAUUUAACAGAAGGCAGUCCAAACAUUUUAAAACGUCUCGCGAAAUAAAAUGACCUCAACAGAAAUUUGUUCUAUUUCCGGCUUGCACCCAAUUCGUUGCAAUAAUUUACCGAUUAGGGCUCGUGUUACGUGGAAGUCGGAGAUAACUCCGUAUCACAAAGAAAAAAAAAGUGGAACGGUCUUUCUGAUGAAUCUUUUGGAUGAAUCUGGCCAAAUAACCGGCGUAGUGUUUGACGAACUGUGCAACACUUUCUACAAUCAGAUUCAAGUUGGCAACUCAUACGUGUUUUCCGAAUUUGAGGUGAGAAGAGCGGAAAUGAGGUUUAAAGUGGUGGAUAACCCGGAUCAGAUUGUAUUCCUUGAUAAAACAUCUGUAAAACUGAGUGCGGAGGUUACAAAUAUUCCUAAAAUAAGAUAUAACUUUGUGCCGCUCUCCAAGAUUUCUGAAACUCCAGACCUGAAGCCAGUCGAUGUCAUCGGCAUCUGCACUGAAGACUACGGUAUUGAUGAGAGAGGCGGUCACUUGAUUCGCGAAAUUCGGCUUGUAGAUGGCAAUGGAGCAAAUGUAACGCUAAAUCUUUGGGAAAAGAAGGCUUCUAGCUUUGCGGGUCAACCCGGUGACGUAAUUGUUGUCAAGGGGGCGCGUGCCCAGCUCAAUAACGAGGAAAUGAAAUUGAACGCCAAUUUUUACGCCUAUGUGCAGAUCAACCCUGAUAUUAAAGAAGCCCACGAGUUGCGGGAAAGGCUCUCCAACAAUUAUUAAAUAAUUUAUCACUAAUGUCAACAUAUAUAUGUAUCUGUUUGUGAAAUAAAUUGCUGAAAUGCAAUAGCAAGAACUGUGUUUUUAUGAACCCAACAUUUACCUCAAUGUAUCAAAUUGAGCCGCGAUAUUCAAAGAACCUUCGAGAAGCAUCGCUUGAGUAUACAUGUACAUAUGUAUGUUUCUCUGAGAGCGUUGUGAUAAAUGUCAAGAGUAAAGUAAAAACAAUAUUUUAUUAUUUUGAGCGAGAGCAUUUAUUUUUUAUCAGUUCAACUUGAGUAAGAAAAUAAACUUCUGGAAGCAUCUUCCAGUAGCCAAUUUUUUAUCGUAUUUUGCCUAUGGCGAACAGUCAGAGUAGAGGUCUCUGGGAAUUAAGUGAAAGUAUAGAACGUAAUAAAAUUAACCGCCCGAACCAAACUGCACUUGGUGAAGGGACUUAACUAGA